AUGGCAAGAGGAUCAAUGAUGAUGGUUUUUGUUCUUGCACUUGUUGUGGUUCAUGCAACUGCAGUUAGAGAUGUGCCUAAGACCACUGGUGCUGGUCUUGCUGAUGAGAAGAACUUCGUGAGUUACGGAGGAAUCGGCGGGCUAAGCGGCAUUGGUGCAAAUGGGCUGCCUUUCGGAGGAAUUGGUGGUGCAGUAGGCGCUGGUGGUGGUCUUGGUGGAGCCAAUACCGGAAGCGGCCUCGGCGGGUUUGUUGGUUCUGGCUUCCCUGGUGUUGGUGGAGCUGGCGGAGUUGGACCCGUCGGUGGCAUCGUUGGUGGUGUUGUCCCUGGAACUGGCUCUGGUACUCUUCCUUUACCAUGA